AUGACAUCGGAUGAAAUCCCAACCCCGGCCAAGAAAAAGCCUGAUAUCAAGCUGGUCGCGUCCACAUCCUCCCGGGAUGCGAGAGCUGAUACAGACCUUCCGCUUAACAACGAUUUCGCAUACCUCAAGAGCGCUCAGUGGUCAGAUCCCUCGCCCCUAAGUUGCCUCAUGUGCCUCCUACUAACAAAGCUGUUCAGGACCGCGGAUGGCACCACCCUGAUCACCUCCUCUUCGGAUCUCAUCAUCAGCAGCUAUGUUCUUCCGGAGGAUCUACUGGCGCCCAAGGACGAGCCGCUGCAUCUAGAUCCCCAGGGCAAGCUCGCCUUACCAGAGCCUAGCAACACCAUCGCGCCAGCCCCUUACUUCUCUCUCGGCACACCCUACACGCAGACCGUCCUCGUCGGAAGCCGCGACAUCCCGAUCCAGCUCUACCAUGCACUGCCCGACCCGACCCAGCCCGAAGGUUCAGCGUUCCCCCAGCCCAUCGUCGCAUCUUACCCCCUCAUCAAGCCCCAGACGGAAGAGUAUCUGGCCCCUCUCUCCAUGCUCUGGCCCGCGCCCGGCACCCACUUCCUCACCGGCACCGCCAACCUCAUCUCCUACUUCGACAUCACUCGCACCGGAGAAGGCCCCGUCCUGCGCAUCCCCACCAUCCCGUCCACCCGCCACAUCCUCAAGGGCGGGGGCGUAGGCAUGCGCGGCACCGUGUCGGCACUAUCAGCUCAGACGCCAGACGGGAACGGCGGGAGCCUCGUCGCCGCCGGGACCUGGACGCGGUGGGUCGGGCUGUACGACUUUGCCAAGGCCGGCGAGUGCGUGGCCACCUGGGGCGUAGAGCGGUCUGUCGACGAGACGGCGACCGACAAGUCGGCACCGAUCGGCGGCACCGGCAUCAUGCAGACGAUAUGGAGCCCGUGCGGCCGCUACCUGGUCGUCAACGAGCGCAGGUCCACGGGCAUGCUGGUCUACGACGUCCGCGUCACGGGCAAGAUGCUCGGCUGGCUGGCCGGGCGCGACGCGGAGAGCACGCAGCGGCUGACCUGCGACGUCUACCCCGGCUCCGGCGACGGAGGAGGCUUCGAGGUCUGGGCCGGUACGCGCGACGGCACUGCAAAGGUGUGGGAGGGCGUGGGGAGUCGCGAGGGCGCUCACGAGCCGUCGUGGGAUUGGAAAGCCUACGACUCUGCGACUGGGAGCACGGCGAUGCAUCCCAGCGGCUCGGUCGUCGCGACGUGCUCAGGGUCAUGGACUUACUUAGACGAGGACGACCGACCCUACAAGAGAAUCAUGGGCACCUCGGAGCUCAAUGUUUGGAGCAUCGGCUUGCCGGAACCAGACACACCUGCCUAA